GAUCAUCGCGUUUCCGACAACCCUUCUCAAACACCACAACACCAUGGGCUCCGACGAUUAUGCUGCAGUCGGUGGCGGUGGCGCCCUGAAACUCAAAGGCGCCAAAAUACACAAGAAAAAGAAGAAGCGCGACAAGACCGAUCUUGAAAAGAAUCUCGAUACUGGAAACAAGGACGAAGAGAAGAGAAGGAAGAAGGAUAGAGAGGAGCAAGAGCCCCACGAUGAGGAUGAUGAGGACAAACCCGAAGUCCAAAAGACGGAGGCUCAAAAGCGCCACGAAGAGAUAAAAAAGAAGAGGCUGCUCAAACUCGCUGAGUCUUCAAGCUCGCGACCAGAACUUCUCAAAACACAUAAGGAGCGUGUCGAAGAACUCAAUACUUACUUGUCCAGAUUGAGCGAGCAUCACGAUAUGCCCAGGAUUGGCCCCGGUUAAGGAUAUCAGGACAGAAGGUUGAGUUGGUGGCGAAUGUGUGUAGGCGGAUGGACGGGAGUUGUUGGCGCUUUUGGUUAUACCCU